AUGGGCCCUGGCCAUCAGGGGCCCGGCUUCCUGGGGCGGCACAGCAACAUAUAUGUCUACGUCCCAAACCUGAUAGGCUAUGCUCGCGUGGCUGCGGCGGUGUUUGCCUUUGGCGUCGCGCUGCGCGACCCCGGCGCCUGCGUGCUGGCCUACUUUGCCAGCUUUGUGUGCGACGAGCUGGACGGCCGCUUUGCCCGCAAGUUCAACCAGUGCUCCACCCUGGGCUCGGUCCUGGACAUGGUGACCGACCGCGUGGCCACCACCUGCCUGCUGGCGGUGCUGGCGGUGCGCUACCCAGCCGCGCACCUCCCCUGCCUGCUCCUCAUCAUGCUCGACAUCUCCAGCCACUGGUUCCAGAUGUACAGCACUCUGGCCAUGGGGUCCGCCACGCACAAGGACACCAACAGCCGCAGCUUUGUGGUGCGGGCAUACUACCGCAGCCGCUUGUUCAUGGGCUUCUGCUGCAUCUGCUGCGAGGUGCUGUACCUGGCGCUGUACCUGCUGAGCUGGCGGCAGUACCAGGCGCCCGCCCUGGCGCUGCCCGCGCUGCUGCAGCGGCUGCCUCUGCCCCAAGCCGCCGUGAUGGCGCUUGUCGCGCUACCGGGCUUUGCCGUGAAGCAGGUGGUCAAUGUGAUACAGCUGCGCACCGCGGCGCAGCAGCUGGUGCGGUUUGACCAGCAGCAGGAUUCCAGAAAGGCAAAGCGCUGA